CAUGGCCUCAAAGAAAGAGCAUAAUUUUAGAUGUGGCAAAAGGGUUAGCUUAUCUUCACUAUGGAGUCAAGCCUUCUAUAUAUCAUAGAGACAUUAAAGCCACAAAUAUACUUUUGGAUGCUGAUAUGAGAGCUAGAGUGGCUGAUUUUGGGUUAGCAAAGCAAAGCAGAGAAGGGCAGUCUCAUCUCACUACUAGAGUAGCCGGUACACAUGGUUACUUAGCCCCUGAGUACGUGUUCUAUGGGCAAUUGACAGAGAAAAGCGAUGUUUAUAGUUUUGGGGUGGUUAUUUUGGAGAUAAUGUGUGGAAAGAAAGCUCUUGAUUUGUCUUACAAUGGAUCGCCAAGGGCAUUUCUGAUCACAGAUUGGGCUUGGUCGUUCAUGAAGGCAGGGAAAAUAGAGGAGGAUUUGGAUAAUUCUUUGUUGGGAGAUGGAAAUUCGGCGAAUUCGAAUCCAAAGGCUAUCGUGGAAAGAUUUGUGCUUGUUGGAAUUUUGUGUGCUCAUGUGAUGGUGGCUCUAAGGCCAACUGUUUUGGACGCAGUGAAAAUGUUGGAAGGAGAUAUUGAGGUUCCUAUAAUCCCUGAUAGGCCAAUGCCUCUUGGGUAUCCUUCUUUUUCCAGGGAUGGGAAUACCUUCAGCAUAUCGCCAGCGGUGAGUGGACCUAAAUUGAAUUCUGGAGACAUGCUAAGGUGAUUGAGAGAACUUGUAAUGUUUGUAUAUCUCUUUAUUGAUCAAGAGGAUAGAUGGAGAUGGAAACCAGAAUCUUGGAAGUCCUUUUUGGAGUUGAUUCAUGGAAUGAAAUAGAGAAGAUGAGGAAUUCAAGAAAAAGCCAAAUUCCUCUAAAUACAUUAAUCAAUUGAAGGAAUUGAAAAUGGGUGUGAACCUAGAUUUCCUACACCAUGGAUCUUUCUGGUGCGUGGAAUAAAAAUGAUUACUCGCAAUGAACAAAAUAGGAAGAUAGCAGAAAUAAUGAAUAUUUUCAUUAGCAUGACCAAGCAUGAUGUGAGUUUUUUGAAUGUUGCGAUUUAUAAACUUUUACACAAUAAUAAUGUGAAA